AAAAGUAAAAUGUAGAGGUAAAAUCAAAAGUAGUCAAAAACGGCCAAUUAUACUCUGGACCCCAGAGGGUUAACAUGAACAUUGUGACAAGCAGAAUAGAGCAAACACACCACCAAAAGACAAUGGACAGAAUGGUGUGUGCUAACUUGUCACAUGCUGAACAUGAUGAUGAUGACCAUCUGUAAAAGUGCCUUAAUAUGUAAACAAAUUUAAGUGUGGUAACAGACUAGUGUAUUGUUUGCCGAAUAUUGAGUCUGGUUACAGUCGAAAAUUCAUAGUAAUAUGAUGAACUUGUUUACUAACCUUGAGGGAGAAAAAUUACUUGGCACAACAUGAUUCAUGAUUAGCUCCUACUACGAGUUUUAAUUUGCUGAAUGUAACAUAGUGUGGGAAAUGUUUCAUUGAACAGAUGUCAGAAGUAUGUGUAACCAUAAUUGUUACUCAGGGAUAGGUAUACUAGUAGUACAAAAGAAAUAUACUGAUAACAGCAAACAUGUGAAAAAAGUUUGGGAAAAAUAGAAUCUUUUUUUUCUCACAUCAAUUUUUUGUUUUUGUUGUUACAAUAGUUUGCAUCAUAGCACCGAGCCAAAAGCUCAUUUGCUCCCACCUGAUGUGAUAUUAGGGCGAUAUUUAGUUUUGCCAGUAGGUGGCAGUGGCGGCUCAGACAAACGGGUGACUGGCAAAAUAAUCCCUGACAAAAGUAACGCAGGCCAGUUAUUGUAAUGGAAGCCGUCAGUAACACAGAACUGUUUUGCUGUGUUUCAGCACAAUAAACCUCCAUGUGCACCUGGAUGAACCUUGUCUUCCUUCAGUGUGAAACAUCAACAUUAGCAGCCACUUAAUAACAAUAUUUUAUUUCUGAUGCAAAUAUCUUGUGAUCCUUGAAAUGAACUACUGUGGCAUGAUUACAGCACCCCCUGCCAAAUGCAAUAAAUAAAUAAAAUUGGGAUACAUAAGUAAAGUAAAUGCUGGGUCAAAAUGACUUCAGGUCCUUUUUCCUUUUGUUUGGUGUGGUGGUGUGUUUAUCAAAAUAUAUCACGGGGUACAGGAGUGUAAUUUCCAGAGGGGUUAGGGGGGUUAUGACCACCACACCCCCCCCAAAAAACUUAUGAAUUAUCUUGCAUAAAUAGGCUGUUGAUUUUCUUUACUCAUUUCAGUUAUUACCAGAAAAAUAGUUGCAUCACCUGGGACAAUCACCUGGGAAUUUACCCCCCCCCCAUGAUGGAGUAACAGGCUACAAUAAAAGGAAUAAAGAUAAGGUUUAUUGAAAGCAAAUGGCCACAGGAACAGGAGGCCCCAUUCCAAAGGUUCAGCCCUAUCAAACAAACUCAGACAGUUAUGGGAUGAUGUAAAAAGGUUUAUCUCUGCUCUGAAACCGGAAACUCAACAUUUAGGACUUCAAGCAACAACAGGUGCAUUUGGUGUUCUCUCACUUCUUUCACUUUUAAUUCUGCUACAAAGGAGAGAGGUUGUGUGGACAACAUGUCAGGAAUACCAACAAAUAAAACAUCCUUCUUUCGUUCAUACUAUGAACAUAUAACUCUGCCUGUUGUUUACACCUUUGUUUUUAUCAUUGGUCUGGGAGCUAACGGAUGGGCGGUGAGGUCCUUGCUACAGAAAUGGAAAAUUCUUGGACACAUUAAUGUGUUUCUUCUGAACCUUGGAAUUGCCAAUUUUUUGUUCCUGCCAAGUCUCCCAUUUUUGUCAGCAUACUAUUUUAUGAGGAAUAAAUGGAUCUUUGGAGAUGCCUUCUGCAAGGUCACGAGAUUCUGCUUCAACUUGAAUUUAUACGGCAGCAUUGGAUUUCUCACCUGUAUAAGUGUGUACAGGUACCUGGCUAUUGUCCAUCCAAUGAGGGUGAUGGGAAGAAUAACCGUCACUCUCUCUGUAGCUAUCUCAGUCAUGGUUUGGCUGUUGGUGAGUGUUCAGAGUCUUCCAGAUAUGUUCUACCCAAAAACCUCCGCAAACAACACUGAUACAAAUAAAACUGAAAAAUGUCACCAUACCACCACUACAAAGUAUGUCGAGAAUUACCUGAAAUACAGUGUGGGUUGGACAUUGACUGGGUUUGUUAUGCCACUCCUUAUCUUACUUGGCUGCUAUGGACAUGUGACUCUUGUUCUCUGCCGCAAAAAUACCAUUAAUAAGGUGGUGAAACAAAGAAGCUUAAGGUUGUUGUUCAUUUUGAUUUUGCUCUUCUCGGUUUGUUACAUCCCCUAUCAUAUUUUUAAGAACCUCAGCCUUUAUUCAAGAGUUUUGAUAAAACACAGGAUGCGUCCAAAAUGGGAUAAGGGAGUCUUUUGUGCUCAUCAGAUCAGUCGUGGUCUUGUGUGUCUGAAUAGUGUUUUGAACCCCCUGGUUUACCUCCAUGUCAUGGAUAUUCCUGCUCAGCUCCAACAGCUGCUUCAGCGGUUUCGUCAGACAUUUACUCGUUUGUUUGUGUCAAACUAUGUCAGUGUGCCUGUGGCACAAACUGCAAACACAGCAAUAUCUUAACAGUAAGUAAUGACUUUGCAUGCAAAAGUAACUGACUGUGUUAAAGACUGCUUUAUGUACUACAAUGUGCUCCAUUCACUUAAUUAUCACUCGCUUUUUCUGGAUAACAGUUUUGGCACAAGUGGUUAGACAAAUGUGUAUAUAUAUGUUUAUCUAUGUUUUUGUUUCCUAUUCUAUUGCCUUGUAUUCUGUGAAUGACUAAAAGCUGGUGGAAUGCAUUUACUCUUUUGGUUUAAAACUCAUUCUCCUUAUCUUGUAUGCAAGAUGUCAAUGUUAUUCCUUGUUAUUGCUCUGUAUUAGCUUCACUAGCUAUUAGCGUUUAGCUAAUGAUGUUAUAGAUCUGAAAUAAAUGUAAUUUAAUCCUUGAAAAUUGCAUUAUUCAAACCCCUUACAACAACAACUUUCACUUUAAUGAUAGAUCAGGACAGAGCUCUGGCAGAUUAGUAUAAUUUAUUUCAUAUUAAGUGCUAUUACCACAUUUUUCACACUUUUCAAGAAACUCAGCCUUUAUUCAAGAGUUUUGUCAAAACGGCGGAUGAGUCCAGAUUGGGAGUUUUUGGUGCUCAUCAGAUAAGUCGUGGUCUUGUGUGUCUGAAUUAUGUUUUUGACUCCCCUGGUUUACCAGGGGAUUUCCCUGCUCAGCUCAGGCAGCUGGUCCGGAAGUCUUGUCAGAUGUUUAGUUGUCUGACUCUGUCAAGCAGUAGCAUCAUGCCUUUGGCACAAAUUACACAAGUGUAAAAAGAUUUUGACAUUAAGUAUUGACUUUGGCUUUCUCAGUCACAGCUGAGUUUAAAGACUGCAUUAUGUAUUUCAUUUUAUAUCAUUGUUUUUACUAUUAUUCUCUUUUUUUGAAUAACACUUUUGAAAAAAAGGUCUAUGUACAUACUUUUAUACACACACUUCACACUCAAUCUACCUUCAAGCCUGUAAAGUUUAUUGUGUUUAUUGCUGACACAGUCCAGAUGUAUAUGCAAUGUAUUUUGUAGUGGCAACCUCUGUUUUGUUUUACUUUUUUUUUAUUGGUCAGUUUAAAAUUAAAGACCUUAAUUUAAUUUAAAGACUUUUAUUCAAAGACAAAAUUUACUUUCACAUUCUUUUCUUGUUAAUCCGAUACUGUACAACUAGUCUGUCAAACGGAAUAAAAUCUCUUCAUUCUAAUAUAUGUUCCAAGUAUUUCAUUUCUUGACAACUCUAAUCUUCUGUAGUACGUCACGGUUGUUCCAGAUAACUGUACGUUUGCAUGAGAUUAUUGAAGUCAUUUUU